AUGGCGUCUGGUUUUGGCGAGUUAGUAUUAGUGGCGGGGGAUAGUCACAUUCCAAAUCGAGCUUCCGAGGUUUCAGAAAAGUUUCAAAAAAUGCUGGUGCCGAAUAAAAUGCAGCACGUUUUGUGCACGGGAAAUUUGGUGACAAAGGAGCAAUUUGAGGAGCUGCGGAAUCUAGCGCCCAAUGUUCAUGUGGUAGCAGGAGACUGCGAUCAAGAAGGAGUUUAUCCAGAUACAAAGGUCAUUACGAUCGGUCAGUUUCGGAUCGGCCUUUGUCAUGGACAUCAGAUUGUUCCAUGGGGCGACCAGCAUAGUCUUGCAGCUUUACAGCGAAAGAUGAAUGUAGACAUUCUCAUUACUGGUCACACUCAUAUAUCGCAUAUUCGGACGGAACAGGGCAAGUGGUUUGUAAAUCCUGGAUCUAUCACGGGUGCGUUCAGCAGCUUGUCCAGUGACGUAGUACCGAGCUUCAUGCUUAUGGCGUUGCAGGGGCCUAAGGUUGUUGCCUUCCUCUAUGAGCUUAAGGGCGACAACGUUGUCGUAUCCAAAAGUGAGUUCACUAAGGAAACGUAA